UGCGCGCGAUUUAAAGCGGCAGAGUGCCAACUCGACUGAAUCCGUGGCGAAGAAAAAACAGAGUCUCGCGCAGGAGAGAGGAGAAACCUGAGGAGAAACCUGAGGAGAAACCUGAGGAGAAACCUGAGGAGAAACCUGAGGAGAAACCUGAGGAGUCUGGAAAUGCAGCUGUUCAUCCUCUCUGUGUUUUUGGCGCUCGGCCUGGCCGUACCUCCUCAGGAGAAACGCGUGCACCACCAGCGCGAUCUGAGUGACCACGCCCAUGAUGACGCUCAUGGCUACCAGUAUGACCAUGAGGCCUUCCUGGGCAAAGAGGAAGCAAAGACCUUUGACCAGCUGACCCCUGAGGAGAGCAAAGCCAGACUCGGGAAAAUCGUAGAGCGCAUUGACACGGAUAAGGACGGCCUGGUCAGCCACACCGAGCUGCACCACUGGAUCAAACACAGGCAGAGGAGGUACAUUGAGGAGAACGUAGACAAGCACUGGAAAGAGUACGACCAGAACAAGGAUGGCAAGAUCUCCUGGAUCGAGUACAAGAACACUACCUACGGAACCUACCUGGAUGAUGAGUCUGAGGAGUUGGAGGACAGAGAGUCGUAUAAAGCCAUGCAUGCCCGAGACCAGCGUCGCUUCAAGAUGGCGGAUAAAGACGGAGACGGCAUUGCCACCAGGGAGGAGUUCACCGCGUUCCUCCACCCAGAGGAGUUCGACUACAUGCAGGGCGUUGUAGUGCAGGAGACCAUGGAGGACAUCGACAAGAACGGAGAUGGCAAGGUCAAUUUAGAGGAGUACAUCGGUGACAUGUUCACUCCUGAGGAGGGCGAGAGUGAACCCGAGUGGGUGACCACAGAGAGGAAACACUUCUCAGAGUACAGAGACAUGAACAAGGACGGCUUUCUGGACACUGAUGAAGUCGCUCAGUGGAUCCUGCCCAGAGACGUGGAUCACACCGACAACGAAGCCAAACAUCUCAUCCAUGAGACAGACAAGAACAACGACGACAAAAUUUCCAAGGCAGAGAUUCUGGAUAACUGGAACAUGUUUGUGGGAAGUCAAGCCACUAAUUACGGAGAAGAUCUGACCAGGAAACAUGAUGAGCUCUGACCUGUGUCAGGGGUCAGACAUUUAACUGUACAGAAGGAGGAAUCACAAUUUCAUUCCACAAAGAAAUGACAUUAUUAAUGUUAACGUUUUUGCAUUAACAGGUAGGAGGGUUCCAUUAUGAGGGGUCAAAGGUCAGGGGUCAAAACAGAAGGGGUCAGUGAUUGGAGUCAGGAGGAAGGGAGGGAAUUUCAGUUUACCGGAAACAGAUUGUAUUUAUUUAGUCACACGCCUUUUACUCACUAAAAACCAGGUUUACACACACACACACACACACACACAGAGCAGGAUGAAUAUUGUCACACCCUGAGUGCGACUGAGACGUCCCAAAACAUUUGUGGUGCAUUUAUUAAAACAGAAAAAGCCAAAGAGGUAGGAAUCAUGUCCUGAAUCACAUGACAUCAUCAGCCACUGACUCCUCCCACUCCUCUGCUGCAUUUCAGUAAUUUAACCUUUACAGUCAGUGACCGAUGAUGAAGAUGACUCUUCUCACAGAGCUUUUUAUAUUUUUAUACACUCAAGAAAUGAAAAUGUAAAUCCUUAUGUUGCUCCAGUCUGGAAGUGGCGUGAUGACAUCACACGGUCACACGGCUAAAAAACAAGCAGUGACCAGACCGGGCAGGCUUCGUGUGUUUACUGUGAAAGUUCACCAAAAGAAGUGUUCCUUUACUUUAGUUUCUUUAGCGUGUGUUUCAUUUCACACAUUUGCAUCCACUAAUUACUGACGCCACUGACCCUGGUGAUUAAAAACCCGGCUGCUGGCCAGAGCCACUUCAGACGGAUUAGUGAAAACAUCAGCCAUGUACAAGUGUUUCCCUGAAGGACAUUAGACAGUACGCAGUAAACAUGUAUAAGGACAGUUCGGAGGUUGGUGGGUCUGACAGACCAACCUUUUAUUCAGGAAGAUGUUUUAAAGAACAAACAGAAAAAAAACUCCUCGUGAUGACCACAGCGGUCACUUACAGCCUCCCAAACAUCAGGAUUUAAAAAUACUACAUAAGGUAUGAUUCAGGAAGAGUGCCUGUACUGUGAGGUCCCUCACCUGUACACCAGGUCCACUCCAUCUACACACUCCACCCAAAGACACAUGCUCAGGAGGACCUCAGGGUCAGGGUGAGGGUCAGUCGCACUCGGGAAUCAGUUUGUGUUUGUUUAUUAACACACCAGAGUCACGCACUGAAGAACUGUUUGAGCGCCUGAACUGAGCGGUCACACACACACACACACACGAUAAACACAGCUGCCUGAUGUAUCACCUGUAGAGGUCAGUCACAGUGAGGGGGGACAGAAGGUGUUUGGAAGGACACAUGGCUUUGUUAUUGUUUACUGAUGAAACAUUUCUCUGUGAAUUCCAAAUCCAAUUAAAGCCAAAUCCUGUUUUUUUUA